UAUCCCAUCAAUCUCUCGCUUUGAAUUUUCAAUCGCUCGCUUUUACUGCAAGCUUUUCGAGAAAGAUUUUCGCCGACUUUCUCUCUCUCUCGCCCUUCACUACUGCAGGAGAUCUCAACAAAGCUUGGGGCUCCUAUUUUCUGCUUCCAAUCUUGAGCCGAUCAGGCUUUUCGUUCGGAUUCUGGGGUUUGGGAUAUUGAUCCUGUAAAAUACAUAGGGUUUUAGAUUGCGAUCUUGCAUUCCAUCUAAACCCUAGGGUUUUAGCGUCUUACACGCUCUUGAGAUGCCGUGCUUGAGCCCUGAUUCUUCCGACAAGGACGCAGAGCCCUUUGUCGAGGUCGAUCCGACGGGCCGCUACGGCCGCUACAGCGACCUGCUCGGUGCGGGUGCGGUCAAGAAGGUCUACCGGGGGUUUGAUCAGGAGGAAGGGCUUGAAGUUGCGUGGAACCAGGUUAAACUACGGAACUUUGCGGAGGACCAGUCAGUCAUCGACCGUCUGUAUUCGGAGGUGAUGCUGCUCCGGACGCUGCAGAAUGAGAACAUCAUCGAGCUGUACAAUGUGUGGACAGACAUGAAGCAUAACACACUGAAUUUCAUCACAGAGGUGUGUACAUCUGGGAACCUGCGUGAGUACCGGAAGAAGCACAAGCAUGUGUCAGUCAAGGCUCUGAAGAAGUGGUCCCGACAGAUAUUGAGGGGGCUAGAGUACCUGCACACGCACGAACCCUGCAUUAUCCACAGGGAUUUGAAUUGCAGCAAUGUCUUCAUCAAUGGGAACGUUGGGCAGGUGAAGAUUGGAGACCUUGGGCUGGCUGCCAUAGUGGGUAAGAGCCAUGCGGCCCACUCGAUCCUGGGGACGCCAGAGUUCAUGGCGCCAGAGCUGUAUGAAGAGGAAUACACGGAGAUGGUGGACAUAUACUCGUUUGGGAUGUGCGUGUUGGAGAUGGUGACCCUGGAGAUACCCUACAGUGAGUGCGACAGCAUCGCCAAGAUCUACAAGAAGGUGACGUCCGGGGUGGGACCGCAGGCCAUGAACAAGGUGAAGGAUCCGGAGGUCAGAUCCUUCAUCGAGCGGUGUAUUGCUAUGCCCAGGGCCAGGCCGUCUGCCUCCGAUCUCCUCAAGGACCCCUUCUUUGCAGACCUGGAGGAGGACUUUGCAGACCUGGAGGAGGAUGUGGCUGCCUGUUCCAACUGA